UUCGAGAUGCGAUAAGAUGUUUCGGUAACCACGUGAUGACGUCAAAAUAUGGCGUUUCAAUCAGCUGGGUGUUGUGUAGAGUGUGCUUGAGAUGCCCGUCUUUAGAAAAUCUACGAAGACUGCCGUCUGUCUACUCCAAUACUGACAAAAAAAAUACUUCACACAAUAUGCCACCAGAUAGACCAGAUGCAUCUGAUGUGGAAACUGGUAUAGGACUAAGUACACAAGUUUUCAACUUUGGAGAUACAGUAUAUACAAUGAAAGAAAAAGAAAAUGCAAGUGUUUUUGUUGAAACAAAUUCAACUGAUGAACUUUCUAUGUCUGAAAAAUCUAUUGAAAAAAAUAGUCAGUCAGAUGAUGAUCUGACUUCUUUAAGUUGGCUUCAUCAACAAAAUCUGUUAAAGGGUUUGGAUAUUUCAAAUCCUACUAAAGAAAUAAAAAAUGAAAAUGUUUUAAAUAAUAAUGUUUGUGAUGAUAUGGCAGACUAUUCUGAAAAUACUAAUUCUAUAUCAAGUUUAGAUGAUGGUUAUUGUCCAGGAGAUAGCAAUAGCAAGAUAAAUAAUACAACAUCACAUGGUAAUAAUCAAAAUUAUCAAGUCUCAAGUAAAAAUGGUCAAAAAUCAAUGCAAAUAUUUCAGGAAUCAGUAAAAAAUCAUUAUAGUAUUUCACAAAACAAUCAGACGAAGAUUUCUUUAAACAACAAUAAUUUGCCAGUCUCAAAUCGCAACAAACACCCAACUCAUAUACCAUAUGAUCCUCAUUUACAUAGAAACAGUAAACCUCCAUAUUCAUUUUCUUGUUUAAUUUUCAUGGCUAUUGAAGAUAGCCCUGUAAAAGCUCUACCAGUCAAGGAAGUGUAUGCUUGGAUUUUGGAUCACUUUCCAUAUUUUAGGAAUGCUCCAACUGGGUGGAAAAAUUCUGUUAGACAUAAUCUAAGCCUAAAUAAGUGCUUUCGUAAAGUAGAGAAAGCACCAAAUUUGGGCAAAGGUUCACUGUGGAUGGUAGAUGCCCAAUAUCGUCCAAACUUGAUACAAGCGUUAUCUCGUGCUCCUUUUCCUCCUCCAACUGUUCAAACUUUGUCUUCACCCGAAAAACCACAAAAAAAGAAUAUCAGUACACGUCUACCUGAUCCUACACUUUUUCCAUAUCUUUCCAAAAGACUGGCAUCGAGCAACAUUAUUGACAACACAGAUACCGAAGUAGAUAGCGAUGUAGAUGCAGCUGCAGCUGCUAUGCUUUCUUUUAAACAUGGACCUAUUAUUUUAAAUCAUAAUAAAGAUCGUAAGCGAAAAGUACCGGAAUCAGAAAUGUUGGUUCCUGUAAUUACUAGGAGUUCUAGUGAAGAUCACACUUACAGUUGUAUUACCUCAGUAAGACAAGAAAGUAAAUAUCCAAGGAAAGAAACAAAUACUGAUUUUGAUGAACAACGGAAAAUAGCAGAAGGUGCAGAUGCACUUUUAAAUUUAGCAGGUGUUACUACACCUCUUAACCACGGUAGGGCACAUCAUAUACAAAGUAUUAACUCGACGUCAAAAUCCGAGAGUUCAUCAAAACUAAAAAAACGUUCAGCUUCGAAUGAUUAUUCGAAUAUGUCUGAAAAAAGACGUAAGCAUUGGCCAAAAUGGAGUGAAGGAAAACGGUAUUUAAAGCAAAUUAUAUAAAAAUACUUUGGUCAUAUAUAUGUAGCAUCGCAAACUUCCUACUUUUCUUUUGAAACAUGAAUCUUUUAAAAUUCUAAUGUUUAAUAUGAUUUUUGAGACUUAAAUCUUCUACUGAGAAAAAAUUUAUAAAUAUAAGAUAAAAAAUGAUAUCUUAUUAUUUUAAAAAAAAAAUUUUAUCGGGUGCAUUUCUAUUUAAAACAAAGUUGGUAACAAAAGGAUGGCAAAAGAAAAUAAAAAAUUGGCGGUCGCUCAGGGUUUAGAACUUGCUGUAUGCCAAAAUAAAUAGCACUAAGUAACAAGCAAUAAUAGAAGAAUAGUGUUAAAGAAAAAAAAGAAUUACUUUUACAUGUUAUUAAGACAUGAAUUUAACUAUAA